AUGAAGCUAUGUGUUAAAGGGUCUGUCAUCAGAUUCUUUGCUGAUGACACUAGGAUUCUUAGGCAUAUCUACAGUUUGACAGAUGUCCUGCAGGAUGAUCUCAACUCUGUUGUUAAUUGGGCUAAGUGCAACAACAUGGCCCUUCAUGAGGAUAAGUUUGAGCUUCUUGUUCACAAGCAUUGUCCAAAGAAUUCCUUGUUUGAUCAUCCAUUCGCCAUCCAAGCUCAAACAUAUGAAGUGUCUAACGGAAACAUGCUGUACCCCACUCAAACGGUGAAAGAUCUAGGAGUGACAGUUUCCGCUGAUUUGUCCUGGACCCCACACGUCAACAGGAUAGCUGAACGCGCAGGAAAAGUUGCUUCUUGGGUGCUAAGUGCGUUCAAAACGAGAGACAAAGCCACCAUGAUGACUCUGUACAAGUCUCUCGUUAGAAGCCAUUUGGAGUAUUGCUGUCCUCUGUGGAAUUGCUCUAAGAACAAGGACAUCCAACAGCUAGAAGGGAUUCAGCGUACGUUUACAUCGAAAAUAGAUGGCACCCAGCAUCUCAACUACUGGCAAACAUUAAAGGCCCUAGAUCUGAUGUCAUUGCAAAGAAGAAGAGAACGGUAUUUAAUCAUCAACAUGUGGAAAGUUCUGCAUUGCAAGUGCCCUAAUGAUAUUGGUAUCCUGUUCUCGGUGACUCUCAGACAUGGUCAAAAAGCAGUUGUGCCCAGUAUAGCUAAGUCCAGCAGUCAACGUAAUCAAGCACUACACGACAACUCAUUUGCGGUCACUGGACCUCGAUUAUGGAAUGUAAUCCCAACACAUAUGCACACCAUUGAGUAUCCUAUGCAAUUCAAAGCAGCUUUAACUUAA